GAAACUUGCAAUGUUUUUUUAUCUAAAAAACUUGCUUAUCUUUUAAGGCAUGGUGCAGGAAAAUAUGGUCUAAAAAUGGGUGAAGAUGGCUUUGUUCAAGUGUCUGAUAUUCUUAAUCUUAAAGCAUUUUCCAAAUUUACUUUGCAAGAUAUUCUUGACGUCGUUGCAACCAAUAAUAAGCAGCGUUUUUAUCUCCACCAACGGGAUGGAAGCUUGAUGAUAAGAGCCAAUCAGGGCCAUUCUUUAAAAGUUGACCACUUAGAGCUUGUCCCUUUAAAUCACGAUUUUGAUUCGUUUAUAAUUCAUGGGACUUACAUGAGGAAUUGGGCAUCGAUCAGAGACAACGGCUUAAGCAGGAUGAAUCGAAUUCAUAUUCACUUUACUGAUCGUUUGCCUCAAAACAAUCAAGUUAUUAGCGGCAUAAGAAAAAAUUGUGAUUUGUUGAUUUUUGUAAACUUCCAUCGAGCACGUGACGAUGGGAUUCAGUUUUUUAAAGCAGCCAAUGGGGUGAUUUUAUCGGAAGGCAUUGGCGGACGCAUUUUAUUGAAGUAUUUUUUGAAAGUUAUCCACCUGAAAUAUGGAAAAGAAGAACUUCUCUAUGAAAGCAAAUGA